GCGAGCCUCUCGCGGUUUCUGGGUUUCAGAGCAGUGGCCUCGACUGCAAAGAGGGAGCUGUGGGUUUUUAUUGUAAGGUUCAGGAAAAGAAGCGGCAUCACCAAACGCUGUCAGUCAUGUUUUCUUUCAACAUGUUUGACCACCCGAUUCCCCGGGUCUUCCAGAACCGCUUCUCCACGCAGUACCGCUGCUUCUCCGUGUCCAUGCUAGCAGGGCCUAAUGACAGGUCAGAUGUGGAGAAAGGAGGGAAGAUAAUUAUGCCACCCUCAGCCCUCGAUCAACUCAGCCGGCUCAACAUUACCUAUCCUAUGCUGUUUAAAUUGACCAAUAAGAAUUCAGAUCGGAUGACACACUGCGGUGUACUGGAGUUUGUUGCUGAUGAAGGCAUCUGUUACCUCCCCCACUGGAUGAUGCAGAAUUUGCUGUUGGAGGAAGGGGGCCUGGUUCAGGUGGAAAGUGUCAACCUCCAAGUGGCGACCUACUCUAAGUUCCAGCCUCAGAGCCCAGACUUCCUGGACAUCACCAACCCUAAAGCGGUAUUAGAAAAUGCAUUGAGAAACUUCGCCUGUCUGACGACUGGAGAUGUGAUUGCUAUCAACUACAAUGAGAAGAUCUAUGAGCUGCGGGUGAUGGAGACCAAACCUGACAAGGCUGUAUCCAUUAUUGAAUGUGACAUGAAUGUGGAUUUUGAUGCUCCCUUGGGAUACAAAGAACCAGAAAGACCAGUGCAGCAUGAGGAGUCAAUAGAGGGAGAAGCAGACCACAGUGGCUAUGCCGGAGAGGUGGGCUUCCGUGCCUUCUCUGGUUCUGGGAAUAGACUAGAUGGAAAGAAAAAAGGGGUUGAGCCCAGUCCCUCCCCAAUCAAGCCUGGAGACAUCAAGAGAGGAAUUCCUAAUUACGAAUUUAAGCUUGGUAAGAUAACUUUCAUCAGAAAUUCACGUCCAUUGGUCAAAAAGGUUGAAGAGGAUGAAGCUGGAGGCAGAUUCGUUGCUUUCUCUGGAGAAGGACAGUCACUGCGUAAGAAGGGAAGAAAGCCCUAAGUCUGAAACUGUUGGCUGACUGGAAAAUAAAAGAUCCGAUUGCACCUGGCUUACAGUUACUGGCUCUGACACGUUCAGAGAUGCUCUGUUAUUUAUGGUUUGUUUAAAGUUACCUGAGAACUAUCAAGCUUGUCCUGGAUGCAAAGCAGCAGAACUUGGAGGUUGUGUGCUUGAUCUGGGGGAGAGAGCCCUCGGGUCCUGUAGGUGGCGGCCUCCUCCACUCCCUAACGUAGCUCCAGGGCCUCAGCAGAGCAGCUCCCCAUCCCUGACUCACUCUUCUUCCCCAUGUCUGUUCAUGGGGCAGUGUCUUUAGCCCAUCAUGGCUACUCAGGCCAGCACUUCAGUACCAGACAAAGAUGGCCUCUGUUUUUAUUUACAGUGACUCAGAAGGGAUCUCAUCCAGAUGAAUGCACUCUCAUUUUGAUCUGCUCUCUCUCAGUGAAUUCCAUGAUGAAGCCAGAUGUAAAAGGCAGAAUGAAUACGUGCUUGAGUAAUAUGCCCCCGUUACACUUAUUUUUUAUUAUUAUUUUUAUUUAUUUUUAUUUUUUUUGGUUUUUUGAGACAGAGUUCCCUGGCUGUCCUGGAACUCACUUUGUAGACUAGGCUGGCCUUGAACUCAGAAAUCCACCUGCCUCUGCCUCCCGAGUGCUGGGAUUAAAGGUGUGCGCCACCACUGCCCGGCCUCCGCUACAUUUAUUACCCAAGGUUCUGACGGUUUGUCUGUUUUUCAAGUGCUAGGAUUGAACCAGAACCUGGUGAAUAUUAAGCAUGCCACACACUCUGCCACUGAGGCUCCCCCAUAACCCAUUUUCUUACUGUUUUAUUGUCCUCAGAUCUGCACUUUGUAUGAUGUAAGGUCUUUUGACAUGCUGAUCCAGCUAUUUAAAAUUUGUUCCCUGAGAAUAAUUCUUAUUGAAGAAUUAAAUAAACUGAUUAAAACUU